GGUGGGCCGAUGGGAGGGGGGGCGAGGUUGGUGCACAGCUUCUCUCCAGCUGGGGUGGUGGGGGGGCAUCACUAUGGAAACGUCCCCCCCCACCCCUCCUCCUCGUUGGUAACGACCAGUGUUGUCGCCAGCAUGGGAGAGGGUUACCCUGACAGAGAGAGAGAACAAGAGAGGGAACAAGAAAGAGAGAGACAGAAACAGCCCCACACACCAGAGGAGGACAUGGAGGUGUCUAGGUUCAGUAUGGGCCCCCAGCAUCGCCACAUCCUCUCCAAGCCCCUCCUCGGGGGGCACAGCUACCCCUCCUCCCACCACCUCUCUGUGGUCCGGGGCCUGGGCACGCCACUGGGAUCUCACCUGUCCCCCCUCACCUUACCUGGCCCUGAGGCCCUGGGCACGACCCCCCCACCACACCUAGCCCCUUCCAAGAGCACCCCGGUCCCCCUGGACAAGACCCCCUCCCAGAUCCCCACCCCUAUCCCUGGAGGGGGGUCUACCUCAACCUCCUCCUCAACCUCCUCCUCACGCUCCCGCACCCCCCUGUCGGCCGCCCUGCAGAAGUACAAGAAGGGGGACGUGGUGUGCACCCCCAACGGCAUCCGCAAGAAGUUCAACGGCAAGCAGUGGAGACGCCUCUGUUCUAGAGAGGGAUGUAUGAAGGAGUCCCAGAGACGAGGCUACUGCUCACGCCACCUCUCCAUGAGAACUAAAGAGAUGGAGGGAGCAGGAGGAGGAGGGGGAGAGAGGGACAGGGGGAGAGGAGGAGGAGGGGGGGGGAGCAGUUCGGGAACGGUCACCCCCUCGGACCUGCGUGGGUUUGACUGGGAUGAGACGUCCAGAGACAGCAGCGAGGCCAGCAGUAGAGGAGACUCCCGCCCUCGUCUGGUGCUGCCCUCCCUCCUCCCCCAUGACUUCUCCAGGUUUGACUUUGACGAGUGUGAGGCAGCCACCAUGCUGGUGUCUCUGGGCAGCUCUCACUCUGGGACCCCCUCCUUCUCCCCCAUCUCCAACCAGUCCCCUUUCUCCCCCGCCCCCUCACCCUCACCCUCCCCCCUCUUCGGAUUCCGUCCCGCCAACUUCUCCCCCAUCACCGCCUCCUCCGUCAUCCCCCCUCCUCGCAGGCACAGACACCCCAGUGCCACGGGGGGCAAGCUGGGCACCCCUGGGGGGGCAGAGAGGGAAAGGCAUACCUCAGGGGUCCAGCCUUCAUUCCACACUAACCUGACCUUCACCGUCCCCAUGAGCCCCAGCAAACGCAAAACAGACGUUCCUCCUCCCCCUCCUCCCCCCUCCCACCCCCACCAUGACUACCCCCCCAAACCUGAGCUGGAGCAGGGGGACCUGAACCCUGCCUCGUUCCCCGUACUCUCCCCCCAGACCUCAGCACACACCCACGCUUACACACCCACCUUCUCCUGUCCCCGAGGGGUGAGCACACCAACCAGCCGGCCCCCCUCCUCCUCCGCCACCUCUCCCCCUCCCCUCCUGGUGUCCCCAACUCCCCCCUCCCCUCCAGACUCAGGCCCUUGCCGUGUCCACCCCACAUCCCAGCAGGCCUUGCGGGACUCUCCAGUGAUCGUGCGGAACCCGGAGGUACCUCUGGCCAAGUUUACAGAGCAUCCAUUAGGCCGUGGGGGAGGGGGAGGAGGUGAUCCUAAGAGUGUUAACAGCGUUACCCCCCAGCUUGUCUCCACUCUCCAAGUCCCUGUACCCAUCAAUGCUGCUGCUGCGGCAACCAACGGCACCGUCCUCCUCCAGAGCCCCACCCCCACCCUGGUGCUGGUGUCAUCCACCCCGUCCUCCCUGACCUCCGUCACCCCCGGUUACCCCACUCUGGCUUGCAUCUCCAUCUCCACCACGCCCCCCUCUUCGGGACCCCCCCUGACCAACCCAGCCAGCCCAGGGGGAGGGGGGGGUAGGAUGGAGAGGACAGGCUCGUUUGGGGGGGAGGUCCAGCAGCCAGUGGCCUGUCACCCCUCUCCUACAGCCCUGCUGCCCCUCAUACUGCCUGCAGAGAACCUGCACCCCACACCAUGCAAAGAAAUCAUCAUUGGACGCCCCGGGACAGUCUGGACCAACGUGGAACCCCGGUCAGUUCCUGUGUUUCCCUGGCAUUCAUUGGUCCCUUUCCUGGCACCAACCCAAUCAGAUGCCUCUACUCAGUCUGGUGAGGGCCAACAACCAAUCAAUCACCCCCAAGCUGCCAGUCUGAAGACAGAGUCUCAGGGGGGUGCAGUGCUGCUACAGGAGGCCAACGAGGGCCCCCCCACCCUGGAGAGAGGACCCACAGCACGGCCUACUCCCUCCACGGACGACCUGGCCCCAGAGAGGGAGAGAGAGACCGAAAGAGAGAGGCCAGACAGUGAGACUGAGAGUGACGUGGAUGACCCAUUCUUCCCCAGUGUUCUUCCUGAGCCGCCCCUGUCUGUAACUCCUGUGAAGAGACGCACUCAGUCCCUCAGCGCCCUGCCCAAAGAUGGGGACAAGAUCAGCCCUGGCAAGAGGGAGAAGGACCACAUCAGGCGGCCGAUGAACGCGUUCAUGAUCUUCAGUAAGCGUCACCGAGCGCUGGUGCACCAGAGGCACCCCAACCAGGACAACCGCACGGUUAGCAAGAUCCUGGGCGAGUGGUGGUAUGCCCUGGGGCCCAAAGAGAAGCAGAAGUACCAUGACCUCGCCUUCCAGGUGAAGGAGGCCCACUUUAAGGCCCACCCAGACUGGAAGUGGUGCAACAAAGACAGGAAGAAGUCUAGUUCUGAUGGCCGAGGGCUCCCGGGGCCGGGUGGCAAAGACAUUAGAGAGAGGAGCAUGUCUGAGACCACUGAGCCCCAUGGUGUGGAGCUGAAAGGGGUGGGGCCUGGCCUGGUGGGUGUGUCUGAGCGGAACCCAGGGGAGGGGCAUGUAGGUCAGCUAUCCCGCCCCCGAGCCUUCUCCCAGAGUGCCAUGCACAGCCUGGAGAGGAGUGAGAGGGGCAACACACAGGCCCUGGCCGAACUGGCACAGAUGUGUGGGGAUGGUGGUGGCCAGUUUUCGGGGAGUGCCCAGACCCUGUCCCGGUCUCAGAGGGGGGUCAGUGAGGACAUGACCAGUGAUGAGGAACGCAUGGUCAUCUGUGAGGAGGAGGGAGACGACGACGUCAUCGAGGACCCGUACCCUGCCAGCUCCAUAGACCUAAAGUGUAAGGAGAGAGUGACAGACAGCGACAGUGACAACGCCUCUGGGAACGAGAGCGAUCGCAAGCGUGUCUUUGCUCCAGUGAUCUGCUCUUCCUCCUCCCACCCCACCCCCCACGGACGCUCCAUCUCUCUCUCCUCCUACCCUUCCAAACGCUACGACGAGGGGAGAGGAGGAGGGGGGCUCUCAGACCGCAGGAGGAAGAGAGGAAUAGAGGGAGGAGGAGGUGAUGGAGGAGGAGGAGUGGCACCUCUCUCUCUUUCCCUGUCCUCAGGCCACUCUGUCAUCUCCAGCCCCGGAGGCCCAGUUCCUUCUGCCCUUGCCCCCCUUGGCCUGUCUCCUCUCCUGGGCUUGGGGGCUGUCAGAGUGGCCUCUACAGUGGUAACCAACGUGGUUCGUCCGGUCGUGAGCACGCCAGUCCCUAUCGCUAGUAAACCCCGAGACGGAGCAGCUUCAUCCAUUCCUCACCCGCCAGACAGGAGGUCCCUCCCAUCGCAGCAGGCGCAGCUUCUGAUUGGCUCCGGAGCAGGAAGCGGAGGGGGUGGGUACUACUCCUCAUCCUCACAUAAUCCCAUAGGUGCAGGGGCGGGGCCAGGGGGGCUAGUGACCAGCUUGGUGUUCCCGGGGCACAGCCAGCCCACCGUCCAGCUCAUCAGUCCCUCCCCCCAGCCGUCCUCCCACCACCAGCUGCCCCCUACCGCCCCGGUCUCUGCCCCAACACACAACCACACCAACGGCCCCCUGCCCCUCUCCUUGCUCCAGCCCCAGUUCCUCUCCUCGUCCUCUCUGGCAUCCCCCGGGGGCAAAGCCAUCACACAGGUCCAAUACAUCCUGCCCACCCUAUCAGCCAGCUCUAACCCCAAGAGCCCCUCCCCUCAGCUGCACAACCUGCCAAACAGUAUCUUCAACCUGCCCACAGCUCCGCCCACCCACAUGUCCAUAGCCAAUGGGAAGCAGGCGGGGCCAGGCUCGCUGAUGGGAUACGCCUCCAGCCCAGCCGUGGGAGUGGUCAGCCCGGGAUCCAGAGUGCAAUCCCAGUCCCCGGUCCUACAGGGCAAGAUGCUGGUUCCCAUGGCAACAGUGAGGACGGCAUCCGCCCCCGCCCAGCAGUUCCCCCUCGUGGCUCCACCUCUUCCUGUCCAGAAUGGAGCUCAAGCAGGAAGCAAGAUCUUCCAGAUCGCUCCCAUGCCUGUCGUCCAAUCCCAGCUCCAGCAAGGUGGGGCAGGGCAUCCUGGGAGCCCUUUUCCCAUUACCAUGGGAAUGGCCACAGUGGUGCACCCGGGUUCUGCCCCGUCUCAGACUAUGCUGCUGCCGCCCCCACCAACCAGGAUCACUUAUGUCCAGUCCACGCCAGGAGUCCCCUCCCCCCUGCCUCUGGUCUCCACGACAACAGGCUCCUCCUCCCCCCAGCAGGCCCAGCCCACCCCUGGAUCUGCAUAUGUUCCGUCGCCCCUAGCAACGCUGGGCUUUACAGCCAUAGCCCCGCCUGGACAGACCCUAGUCCAACCCCUCAUCACAGGUCAGCCUCCCCUUCUGGCCCCAGUCCAGUCCCCUACCUGCCCCUCCCUCCCCUCUGUCCCAGCCCCAGCCUCUGCUUCAGGGGGACAGAUAGUCACCGCCAUCUAUCCCCCUACCAGCGUCACCAUGGCAACCGGGGUGGUCUCCAUGGCAACCAUACCCCCCAGCAUGGUGUACACCGUCUCCAGCCCCUCCAGUCUGUCCUCCCACAUCCUGUCCAAACACACAUUUGCCCCCACCACACACACACACACCCAGCCCCAGUCGGACAGACAGACAGACAGGCACGCGGGGGAGAGACCCACGGACAGAACGUCUCACUCUCAGUCAGAGAAAGCAGCAGACAGACAAGCGGAGACGCAGGCUGAGCUACAGGCGUACGGACAGACGGACAGGCCAACCCUCACACAGGCGGACAGACAGACGGAGAAGCAAGCCCAGGCCUUCAAUAAGAGCAGCAGCUUAGUGGCGCCCCCAAGUGGCUAUUCAUUGUCCCUGCGGCCCUGCAGCCCCCCUCUGCCUUCUCGCACUUCCACAGGCAGUGCACCAGGCACCCCCAAACUCCCCCAGCUCCCGGCGAGGACCCCUCAGAAAAUCAAAGCCACAGUGGCCAACAUCCCAGUGGGCAGCUACGAGGGAGGAGGCCGAGGAAAGGAGAGGGAGAAGGACCGAGAGAGGGAAAGGGAGAAAGAAAGAGAGAGCUCUGGGGCCAACAGUCGUUUUCCCUUUGAACUGGAGCGUCCUGGGGAGUCGGGGUCCCCCUCCCAACACACACACCCUGCUGAGGAGUCCCCCUCCUCUGACAGACCCCCUGAGGGACACGGCCCUGUGGACAACACUGACACACGCAGCAGAGAGGCCAGCAACAAGGAGUCAGGGUGGAAGGACUCCGUCCCCUCCUCACCCCUGCCCCCUCCCUUGGGUACAGACCCUGCCCUGCCACCUCCCCAGAGCGACAAAGACGCCCCUCCUCCCAAAAAGGUGAAGGCCCGCCCCCCGCCACUCAAAAAGACCUUUGACUCUGUGGACAAGGUGUUGUCAGAGGUGUAUUUUGAGGAGCGUUUUGCUCAGCUGCCAGAGUUUAGGCCAGAGGAGGUGCUGCCCUCCCCCACCCUGCAGAGCCUGGCCACCUCCCCCCGCGCAAUACUGGGCAGCUACCGCCGCAAGAGGAAGAACUCCACAGACCUGGACUCGUCCACAGAGGACCCCGUGUCUCCUAAGAGGAAGAGCAGACGGCGCUCCAGCUGCAGCUCGGAGCCCAGCACACCCAAGAGCGCCGCCAAGUGUGAGGGAGACAUCUUCACCUUCGACCGACCAGCCCCCCCGUCUGUGUGUCCCCCUCCAGGGACAGGGACAGGUGCUGACGGAGAGGACAUCCUGGGGGAGCUGGAGUUUGACAAGGUGCCCUACUCCUCUCUGAGACGCACCCUGGACCAGAGACGGGCCCUCGUCAUGCAGCUCUUCCAGGAGCACGGCUUCUUCCCCUCAGCCCAGGCCACGGCAGCCUUCCAGGCACGCUACUCAGACAUCUUCCCCACCAAGGUGUGUCUGCAGCUGAAGAUCAGGGAGGUCCGCCAGAAGAUCAUGCAGACCGCCGCCCCCUCUGAGACCAGCGACGCCUCCUCGCUCCCCGGACCCUCUGGCGCCCAAUCAGGGGAGGGGACAGGAGGAGGAGGGGCAGAGCCAUUGGGAGAGGAGGCGGAUCGAGAGAGGGAGGGUAGUCCAGAGGAGCCGAGGGAUUCGCAGGAGUCUUCUAGAUGAGGGAUGCUGACAGGCUGGAUUGACCAAUCAGCGAUGGACCAGUUUCCCAAAUCCCUGCCUCCUUCUCUUCCUUCAGUUUUGUUGAUGUUACACCCCUCCGUCUCUCUCCGCGGAUCUGGACCUGUCUCUCUUUCUCCAGAGAGCCACGUCAGAAAGAGCAAGUGGAAGAGACAAAGAAAGAGGAUGUGUGUUUGUAAAAUGUGUCAGAGGUGGAAUUGUUAAACUUAAAAGGGGAUUUUUUUAAAAGUGUAAUUCCCCCUCUCCAAAAAAGGACAUUUAAAAAUACCAGUGACACACACACACACUGAUGAACUUCAAACUCCAAUACCCACACUUGAAUUAGCAAUCUGUUAGUAAUAUUAAUAUUAUCCUUGUAAGCUUCCAUUGAUGCCAGUGGACUAUAGACCAAUAACAACUCUCCACCUGUUACCCAUUGCCUUGGAGCAGGGCCCAUAUUUCAGACUGAAUAACAUAUCACAUAGUGGGACUGUUUUAAAGGUCAUUUAUCUCAGUCUAACAGGACUGUCGUUGUUGUUUUUAAAAUAAGGGCUUGGGAAGCAAGAUCAGUUAAUUGGCUGCUGAAGAGGGUCUGGCUCUUAAGUCUCCCAUUGGCUCAUUUGUUUCUGCUGGACAUUAGGGGGCUGGGCCCCCACUGGCUUGAGAUGAUGCCAUUGGAUGGAGAGCCCGCGCAACCCUUGUGAGGGAUCAGAAGGAUCCUUGUUGUAUUGGUUGAUUUUUCUCUACUUUGAUCCAUAAAAGCAGACCUUCAGGACAGGUCUGUGAGGGGGACUGGAGAGUUUAGGACCUCGCCCUCUCUUCCCAUGAUUGGCUACAGAAGAUGCCAGUAAGGUGGGUACCAAGCGUUCCUGCUAGUCUGAUUAGCUCGCCAUGAGGGAAGGAGGCGGGGAGAAAGAGUCAAUGGGCACAUCAUGGCUCUUCAUUGGACUGAAGUGUCGCUUCAACCAUGUUUUAUGUAUUUGUAGACUUUAGUUGAGAACCCAGAGGCCAUCAGGCUGACUAGGCCCAUCUUUUUUUUUUUUUUUUUUUUUUUUUAAGAAAACUAACGUGUCUUUUUAAAAAUCAAACUCAUGUAACUUUCCAGUUGAUUAUCUUAUUAUUGUGUUAUUACUGUUACUAAUAUUACUCCUCUCAUUGUUAUAGUGGGCCUUAUCCUUACUAUGGGCUGGUAUCAAUGCCAUUAGAUGAGCUCUCUCAACCUGUUUUCUUAUUUGAGGGCAAAUAGAAUAGGACGUGUGAGAGAAAUGGUCCUCACUUGUGCCUCUUCCCUUUCAACACCCUCACCUCGCCCCAGCAAGGACCUGGGGUGACAAUCUUUUUAUUCAUUUCAACGAGGGAAAACAAAGAAAAGAGGGUUGACAUUUGUAUACAAGAGUAAUAAGAAGUAUGUUUUUGGACAACCCUGUAUACCACUCUCUCACUCCCCUGCUAGUAAGUUUGAUUCUAUAGCCUCGCCACUUGUAUUCCUCCUUCCUCCAGCUCUUUUCCUUCCCUUCUCACUCCCUUACUGUUCUCUCCAGACCUUAUUUGUUGGGUGGGAGGAGAGAAGCCCGGAGGGGGCAGGGCAGUACAAAGAGUGGUAGGGUAUAAUAUUGGUCGUCUUUGUGCAAGACAUGGUUGUGUUGUACAUAUUAUUUACUGUAGAGUCAGGAGACUCGCUAUAAUAUUGAUAAGGAACAAUGUGUAACAGACAUGUUUUAAUUGACUUUUAAAAAAUGCCAUUACACAAGGUGAAACUCCAGAAAUUGACAAAUGAAUAAUAAAUAUGAAUAUUAAUGUU